UGCCGGCUGUCGCCGCGGUGACCGUCCUCGGAGUCCGUCGGCUCGCGCCCCGCCCCCGUUCGUGCUGCCCCCUCCCCUGUCGCUGGCGGGGAGUGUUUCUCGCUCCUCCCGGUUGCUGCCGCCGUCGCCGCCGCUCCUCCUCUCCCAGUCUUGGGUUUCCCUGGCGCUGCUGCCGCCACUGCCUCUGCGGUCUGUAUGAGGAGGAGGAGGAUGUGAAGAUGGCGGAGCUGCAGAUGCUGCUGGAGGAGGAAAUCCCGGGGGGCCGCCGGGCCCUCUUCGACAGUUACACGAAUCUGGAACGGGUGGCCGAUUACUGCGAGAACAACUACAUCCAGUCAGCAGAUAAGCAGCGAGCCCUGGAAGAAACCAAAGCCUACACCACCCAGUCCUUAGCAAGUGUUGCCUAUCUGAUAAAUACCUUGGCCAACAAUGUCCUGCAGAUGCUGGAUAUCCAGGCGUCCCAACUUCGAAGGAUGGAGUCUUCAAUCAAUCAUAUUUCACAAACUGUUGAUAUUCAUAAAGAGAAAGUUGCAAGAAGAGAAAUUGGUAUUUUGACUACCAAUAAAAACACUUCAAGGACACAUAAGAUUAUUGCUCCAGCCAACCUUGAACGACCAGUUCGUUAUAUUAGAAAACCUAUUGACUAUACAAUUCUAGAUGAUAUUGGACAUGGAGUAAAGUGGUUGCUUAGAUUUAAGGUGAGUACCCAGAACAUGAAGAUGGGUGGGCUCCCGCGUACAACACCUCCAACUCAGAAACCCCCCAGUCCCCCUAUGUCAGGGAAAGGGACUCUUGGGCGGCACUCCCCCUAUCGCACACUGGAGCCAGUGCGCCCUCCAGUGGUACCAAAUGAUUACGUACCUAGCCCAGCCCGUACUAUGGCACCCUCGCAGCAGAGCCCUGUGAGGACAGCUUCUGUGAAUCAAAGAAAUCGAACUUACAGCAGCAGCGGGAGUAGCGGAGGAAGCCACCCUAGUAGUCGGAGCAGCAGUCGGGAGAACAGUGGAAGUGGGAGUGUGGGGGUCCCCAUUGCUGUCCCUACUCCUUCUCCUCCCAGUGUCUUUCCAGCCCCUGCUGGCUCUGCUGGUACUCCUCCCCUUCCUGCUACUUCUGCAUCUGCCCCUGCCCCUCUUCCUGCUACUGUCCCUCCCUCCACUGCCCCAGACACUGCCGCUGGGGGUGCCCAGACCCUGGCUGAUGGCUUCACUUCUCCAGCUCCCCCUGUUGUUUCUUCCACUCCCCCUGCAGGUCAUCCUGUUCAGUUCUACAGCAUGAAUAGACCUGCCACUCGCCAUACUCCCCCAACAAUAGGGGGCUCUUUGCCCUAUAGGCGCCCUCCUUCCAUAACUUCACAAACAAGCCUUCAGAAUCAGAUGAACGGAGGACCUUUUUAUAGCCAGAACCCAGUAUCUCUUGCUCCUCCUCCUCCCUCCAUCCUACAGGUAACUCCUCAGUUACCUUUAAUGGGAUUUGUGGCCAGAGUCCAAGAAAAUAUUUCAGAUGCACCACCUCCACCACCACCUGUGGAAGAACCAGUCUUUGAUGAAUCCCCACCACCACCUCCUCCUCCAGAAGACUACGAAGAGGAAGAGGCAGCCGUGGUUGAGUAUAGUGAUCCUUAUGCUGAAGAGGACCCACCGUGGGCUCCAAGGUCUUACUUGGAAAAGGUUGUGGCAAUUUAUGAUUAUACAAAAGACAAGGAAGAUGAGCUGUCCUUUCAGGAAGGAGCCAUUAUUUAUGUCAUCAAGAAGAAUGACGACGGUUGGUAUGAAGGAGUUAUGAAUGGAGUGACUGGGCUCUUUCCUGGGAAUUAUGUGGAGUCUAUCAUGCAUUAUUCUGAGUAAAGCUCAGCAAGGCUGUGUUUCCCUCACAGGAAUAGUCAGGUCUUCCCAGAUUAGCAAAAGGCCCUGGGGAUUCCCCUCCAGUGAAAUGAAUGAAGGAUUCAAAUGACAAAAACUACUUAUGUUUUUUUUUUUUUUUUUUUUGGUUUAUCCCUCAGUAUUAGAACAAAAAAGCAAGCUGAGUUGGAACAAAUGGCUCUUUCUGCCGUCACUUAUACUAUGCUGAGCUGUUUGGACUGAAAUAAAGUGACGUUUCUGAAUAUAUCAGAGGUAUAACAGCAUAACUAUGUGAAACAAAUCAGGUUAAAACUGAUUCAGAAAAGAAAUCUGGGAUCUUUCUCAGGAAUCCUGUACACGCUUAGGAGUUCUCCUCCUGCGGAAUCUGUGGCAUUGGAUGAUCUGCAGUGCCUGUGGUCAGCCUCGUGGCCCAGGGCGUGCCCCAGCCCCACACUUCCUUCCACUUGGAUGAGGAGGGGGAACCAAUAUUUAAAUACCAUACAUAACCAUUUUUAUAAUUGUUUCACAUGGCUUAUUUCCUCUUCAACACUGUAAAUCCUGCAUUCUGUCAGCACUUGAGUGCACCAAGUGAGUUAGUGUUGAGCUGACUUGCAUCCCUUCAUGUUUCUCAGUUCGUAGAUUAUAAGAAUGAUGUGAAUCUCCAAACAUUCUGAAGGUGGUUUUGUUCUGCUGCUGCUGCUGCUGCUGCGUGAGACUGCAUUGCCGCUGCUGGCAGUGCGCCCCGGGGUGUGACGGGUGCAGCCCGGCUCGUGCGCUCAAGCGGGCGUGCAGAGGUAGACACGAGGGUCCCUGAGGUUCCAGAGAGGUUGAACCGCAGAAGUGCAUCCUAAACCCUUGCCUUAGGUGCUCUUUUGAGGAGUAGGACCUUAGAGGUCGAUCAACUAUUUCUUUACUUCUUUCACUAUUUAGAAAAAUAGGUUUUUUUUUUUUUUUUAAAAUAGCAGUUAUUUUCAAGCCUAAACAGUCACUGGGAAUAAAAGGCUUGCUGCUGUGCUCUCUGAAUGUUAUGGCAGGUGUUAGCUGCUGCUGAGUUGUUUACUCACUUAGAAAAGGUAAAUAUUCCCCUGAUUUUGUGUGAUUGGCUUUUGAAGUAGCUGCUCUUGGUAAGGAUUUGAACCUUAUCUCUCAGACUAAGGAUAGUGGGAUAAGUGGUAUAAGGCCAAAUACUUAUUCAAGUAUUUUUUUUUUUCAUCUGCACAAUUACAACUUCAGAUUCAGUGGAGUUUGGAAGACAGAUGGCUUUAAUCAUCUCUUCUGUAAUCAGUAUAAGAAAUAUUGAAAAAUAUCCAGGAGGCCUUGCUGCUCAGCAGGUGAAUACUGUGAUGAUAAACCAGCUCACGGGCCAAAGCUACCGUGGGUCCUUAUCAGUCCCAGCGACUUGGCCAGAAGAGAGCUUUGCCAGGUGACUUCCCAGUGCUGGGGGAAAGGUGAGAGGCGGUAGUCUGCAUAUAUUUCAGACACGGGCCUUGAACAUAAUAGGUAGUGCAGAGAGAGGAACUUGAUUGGAAAAUGAACAAGUGUAGUAGGUGUGAGGGAGUUCAGAUGGUGUUGACAGAGUUAAUACCCCACCUGUGAAUCUGUUAUCAGAGCAGAAAACUUACCACCAUUUAACUGAGACCCAGGUACAGUGUUUCGUAUCAAGAUUUUUGUUUUAUGGUUGCAGGUUUUUUUCUCACACGCUGCAAGUUAGCUCUUUUUAGAUUUCUCCAGCACUUUGAAUUUAGUUUUCAUUAACUUGCCUCCAGUACACGUUACACUUCAUGCUUUGUUAGGUCACCUUGACACCCUUUAUUCCCUGUCUUCCUUCAAAGUAAUGGCCCUUGAGUGUCCUCUGAGCCUUCAGCUUCAUUACGGCUGCAACCAAGACUAUACGUGGAGAGGUUAAACUCUUCUUAGUGUUGGUGUGUAACUAGGAAAACUGUUUUGAAAUUAGAUGUUCAGAGUUAUUUAAAUAGCUUUUCGCUGAGAAAACUUACUGGAGUAAUAAGGCAGAGGGUAUUUUGAAAUCCAAUAAAUAGUGCCCACAGCUCACACCUACAGAAGCCCAGAAGACAAUUGUGCAAAAGGAGUUGGUGGUGGUCAGCUUGCUUGUUGGACCCCUGCUGGAUUGGGGAACCGAGAAGACGUCAGUGAAGUCCUUCAGACUGAAGACCUGCCGCAGAGGGAUCCCUGGGUCAGCUGAUUUUUCCUUUAUGUUUUAGUACUAAUGUGUGUGAUUUUUUUGUUUUAAAAAUAACACCUGUUGGAUUUUCUGCAUAUUUUAAAUUUUUGUAUAGUUUUGAAUUCUAUAUAUCGUUUUGGAAGGAUACUGUGUAAUGAUGGGCCAGGCCUAAAGUCAUUGGAGACUUUUAAUGUAUGUAACAUUUCAUAGAUUGCAUGCUAUUAAUAGUAUGUGAGGGUAGUAUUUGUUUUAUUCUAAGUUUCCCCCAUUUAUCUUUUUAUACACUACAAGAUGGUUGGUAGUAGGAAUUCUAAAUGAGUGCAGAAAUCUUAACAUGCUACAUAAUAUUGUGGCAAAGAUGAUCCAAGUCUAAAAUCUGCUGACCAGUAAGCAACCAUUAUUAUCAGGCUAGAGGGAAUCUUUUUCCUCUUUAAGUGUUUUUGACUUGUGUCCACAACCUUUUUCCUUAAAAAAAAAAAAGGAGGGGGGGUUGAGUUAAGAAUUUGUUCCCUUUUUUAAAGUAUUACUAUUUGAAAGGCCAUAGGGAUGUAAAUGAAAAUAUACUUCCUUGUUGACAUCAUGGCCUAGGCAAUAAAUUGAAAACCAAAAGUGUCAAUGUGUCAAAAUCUAGACUUCAGAGAUUCAGCCUGCUGUGUUUGAAAUACAUAUGAAAACUUUAAGAUGUCUUGUUCAGUGUUUCCCAUCUUUUGGCUACUUGCUUUCUACCUUCUCCAGGGGCACGUGCUGUUCCUACAGUAGGGUUAAGGGCCCGCUACUCUUGCUGCAUUCCUAAGAGUCACUGGGUGAGACAUUUUCAUCCCUCCCUCCCUUUUUCCCCUCCUGCCGCUGUUUGUUACCCAGCUAGAGAGACUGUUUUAUGUGUCUUCACAGUGGUCUCUGUAAUGUAGCUGUGCUCCUCAGCAGUCUCUUGGUAUUACUGAAGAUUUUUCUGUUUGAGAGGCAUCAAAAUGAUAGUAGUUUGCUUUUAUCCUAUAUGCUCAUUUGCUUUUAGCAGGUGACCUUUCUGCGUUAAGAACUGGUACUUUGGUACUUUCUUACCACCUUUUCUCCUCCGUGGAGACAGCAUGGCAUGUCCUGAAGGCCACCUCUCCCUUUGAAAAGUGUUUGAUGGAGGAACUGGCAGGUGGUCGCUACGUCUUGGAAAAGAAUGGGGAUCUGCAUCACUUCCCAUCUGUUCACUUCUGAACUUCUUUGGCCAGGAACUCCUGAUCAGUGUUACGGCGAUGAUUUCCCUCACAUGAUUUCCUGGAGUCACAGAAUUUUAGAGCUAGAUGAGAUUUCAGAAAUUUUACUUCAGUCCCAUUUUACUGAUGAGGUUUAUUUAGAUGUUUCCUUUUCAAAUAACAGCUAGUUAACAAAGGUAGAAUUCCUGACUCAGCGCCUGGUACUCUUUCUACAACUGUCUUAAUUGUGUUGUAUGUUUCUUUUAAAGUUCUGCUGGAUGUCUUAAGGAAGAUACUUGAAAAGCUAUGCUAUGUCUCCAUAAAUACCAUUCAGAGUGUUGUUUAAAGGAGUGUAUUGAGUGUAGCCUUAAUUAGUGAAAGUAAUCUUCAUUUUAACCCUUUUAAAACUACACUCAGUACAAAUGGUCUUUUCCAUAAGGUGUAUGUAGCUAAAAUGUUACAGUGUCUCGGCACUGGAAAGAGCACAGCACAGCCUUAUUUGAGAGAGCCUUAGAAAACACUUCUAAAACAGGCAUUGCGCUCAUUACCUUAUGUUUAUUUUAUGCUGAUCUUUGUUCCUAUUUCUUGAGAAUCUCAUAAUUCUUUAAAAAAAAAAAUUGACAAAUGACAGGGCCUAGCUGUGUAUAAAUGAUCCUUGCUAAAUAUCUUGAGGUUUUUUGUAAAAAAUCAAACAAAAGACAAAAAGCUUAUUUUCACAUUAAAAUGGAAACGUCUUUUGCAACUUCAGAAUUCUAUGGAAAUGCAGUUUUUAUCAUAUUUGUGUCCAUGCAUCUUUCUUAACAAGACGGUUUACAAAAAAGAAUGUAAACAGUUUGUGAUCUGGUCAGUUAUACUUUUAGCUCCCGGAGGGAGGGUUGGUGUCACGAGCUGAGUAAAAGCCCGUGUAGGAACAUUUGAGGGAGCAGUCUGUCGCCAGUAACGUUUCUUGUGUGUGCCAUUAAACCACCUCCAGAUGAGUUGCGGGAACACUCACUUUUUAAUUUUGAAAUUGUAUUUCGAGUUAAUUGUUGCUGUGUACUAAGAACUUGGCCUAAAUAAAAUCCUACAAAGUAUA